CACGGAAGUUUACAUGACCCCAAACCCCACUUCCACAAAGACGGGUGCCCAACAAUUUCAGGAACUCUAUACAAACCUAAAAACUAACUUUGACAUCAAAACGAUCUGGCUGCAGAUCACGUCGCCAAUAAAGUGGGAAGCCAACAUUGCAAAAAAUGUAGACUUUAUCAAUGGUAUCAUCGAAGCAGCCAAGGCUUAUGGAAUAACAAUCGGUAUUUAUACGAGUGGUUACGACUGGCAACAAAUCACGCACGACUGGACUGGUCCCACUGACACUCCCCUAUGGUACUGGAAUGUACUUGGUAGCGGUCCGAUGGCUGAAACACCAAACAAUUUCGACGACUUUCAUAUAUUUGGACCUUGGACAGCGGCCUCCGUUAAACAGUUUGGACAAGAAGAACCUAUUUGUGGGCAAACUGUUAAUAGAGAUAUUUACACUCCACCACUUCUCAUAAAGACCGACUCUUUUUCAUCAAAUGGCACGAUACAAAUUGGUGGUUAUGUUUGAAAUGAAUGUAUUAAUAAAGAUGCACAGU